AAUACUUUUUAUUAUAGGUAGCUUGUGAUUUGAAAAUAAUGUAUAGAAGCGUAUCGAAAAUUUGGAUUACAUACUUGAGAGCGCAUGUGUACUGGAAAUUGAUUACCAAAAAAUGCCGGUGUAUAUUUAGAAUCGGAGACGUAAAACAUUUUUAUUAGAAUAAAUCUCGGUAGAUCUAAAUAAAUAAAUCUGAAUCUUUGAUUUAAAAUGAAUUUCGAAAAAUUUUGCAAAUCUCUGCCGAAACUGGAACUUCAUGCUCAUUUGAACGGCUCGCUAAGUUCAGAAACAUUAAAAAAAUUAUAUAAAAUUCAGAACCCAAAUUCAGAGGACGACGAGAAUGUAGUCAUGAAUAUCGGGAAGUAUUCGUCAUUAGGCGAGUGUUUCAAAGUAUUUGACAUAGCGCAUUCAUUGACGGUAACGCCAGAAGCAGUCUUCCAAUCUACUUACGAUGUAAUUAAAGAAUUUAAGGAAGACAAUGUGAUAUAUUUAGAACUUAGAAGCACCCCUCGAGCUGUUAAUGGACAAAUGACAAAGCGAGAAUACAUAGAAGCCAUUAUAAGAGCUUUUCAGGUUUGUAAAACAGAUUUAUCAGAAAUAAUUGUGAAAUUACUGGUAUCUAUUAAUCGAAAACAAGGAUACAAAGCAGCAGAGGAGAACAUAGACUUGGCAAUAGAUUAUUUUAAGAAGCAUCCGCAGUACGUAGUAGGCCUAGAUCUCAGUGGAGAUCCAAUGACCGGAGAUGCAUUUUUAGAAUUAUUAAAAAAAGCGAGAAAUGCUGGCCUCAAGAUUGCAGCUCAUUGCGCAGAGAUUUCAAAUGAAGUAGAAGCAAGGGAUAUACUAGAAUUCAAACCAGACAGACUGGGACACUGUACUUCCAUUCAUCCUAACUUACAAGGGUCUGAGAAAUUAUUCAAGACGCUUAUUAAUUCAAAGAUUCCUGUUGAACUGUGCCUAACAUCGAACGUCCAAUGUAAGACAGUACCCUCAUACGAAUCUCAUCAGUUCAAAUAUUUGCACGAGGCUGGACAUCCUAUUUGCCUUGGUACCGACGACAAAGGUGUUUUCCAUACGACGUUGUCGAGGGAAUACGAGAUCGCCGGUUCAACGUUUGGUCUGGGUCAAGAGGAUCUCGUGAGAUUAUGCUCGUCGUCCGUCGAGUACGCGUUCGCGCCGGACGAAGAAAAGAAAGCGUUGUUGUCUAGGAUUGAGAACUUUAAUCGUCAAUUCAAAAUGUUAACAUUCUCCAAUGAAACAAAUAAAUGAGUCGAUAUAUAAAAAUAAGAAAAAUUUAGUCGAUUACAAAAGCAUUCGGCCGAGACGCCCGUGUCUUAGGGCGUCGCUCUAGAUCCCGAGAGGGCACACAGAGAGAGUAGAGCUUCUCGGCGAGGUAGCAGGACUAUAAUCAUAUAAAAGUAAUGUCGACUUUAUUCGUUAUGAUAUUCGUGGGCUCGUUUACAUAGAUUUACAGAUAAACUAUCUUGCUACUUAUGGAGAACAAUAUAAUAGCUGAAUGUCGGUCGGUGUGAUUCAUUUUUUUGUUGUUGAUGCUGCUGUCUUCGCUUGAUAAUAUCAUAUAUAAUAUAUACAACAUUUAUAGAACUAUUACAAUAUUAUGCUUGUAAGUGUGUGGUGCCGCAUCUUUCUUUCGGGCAGUCGACAGUUGGUAAUGCUAAACGCGAAAGACCUCCUCGUUAACUCGUUUGUUUCGCCGGAAUCACGAGAACCGAGAGUUUCUCGAUAUAAUCUCGGUUACGUCUCCCGAACACGAGAACUGUCGCGGUCGUUUCUGGUGUCACGCGGCGACGACAGCAUCACACUCUUUUCUCCCACUCUAUCUAUCUCUUGAUCUCUUUCUCGAUCGAUAAAGAUCAACUCGCACACGCGCGUCUUCGCCGUUUGUCACCGUUCGGGUUUAAAACCCUUUUUCGCUAUCACGAUAUAACAAGAUUAUAAUAGUAGUAGUAUAGCUGUGAUAAUACUAAUAGUAGAGUGAUUAGGAAUAAUAGUAAAUAUAGUCAUAAUUAUUCGAUCGAUGACAAUAAUAUCGUUCUUAAUAACCA